AUCUCUGCAACUGCAAGCCAAGCAUCCCCAUCAUCGCCCAUCGCGUCGCGUCUUCUCUAGCUCUACUGCUUAUUCGGUUAGCAAUGGCGGCAGGUCAGGGAAGAGGCAGCGCAGCGCUCGUCGCCGGCCUCCUGCUCCUCUGCCUGCUCCUUCCGGCCGCCGACGCCGCCGCCAAGACGUACAUCGUGGGCGACGACGCCGGCUGGAGCAAGAACCUCGAGACCACCUGGCUGGCCGGCAAGACCUUCUACGCCGGCGACGUGCUCGUGUUCAAGUACAACAAGGAGCACCACGACCUGGUGAUGCUGGGCGGCAAGGGGUACCAGCGGUGCCAGGUGCCGCGGCACAGCAGCAAGAGCCGGGUGAUGCGCACGGGCAACGACGCCGUCACGCUCCGCAGGGGCAACAACUACUUCAUCUGCGGCGAGCCAGGGCACUGCAAGAACAACAUGAAGCUCGCCGUCAAGGCCUGGUAGUGGUAUACGAUGGGCUCUGUCGAUCAUCGUCGACGCCCUUUACUAUCUGUAGCUGGCUUCUUGUUCUCUCAACUUCUUUUUCGUCUUGUGGGUUUUCACUUUUCACUCGUCAGCUGUAGAUCCGGUGCAUACCUUGUCAUGGUUGAGUAAACAACAGUGUUUU